AACUGGUACAAUCAACUUGAUCUAAUUGGUCUUCUCUCUCUCUUUCAUCUAUUCUUUUCUAGACAGAAUGACAAGACAGAGAAACUCACCCCAAAAGAAAGAGCAAGAGGCAAUACUCACUGCCAGGUAUUUAACCAAUAUAGAUAUAAGUAAGAUAUCAGAACUAGAAUUCAAAACAUGACUAUAAAGAUACUAGCUGGGAUUGAAAAAAGCAUAGACGACAAUAGAGAAUCCCUUACCAUAUAAGUAAAAGAACUAAAAUCUUAUCAAGCCAAAAUUAAUUUUUUUUUUUGGAAAAGGUCAACAAACAAAUUUAUUGCAGGACACACGGACAGUAAAUGGAAUGGAAAUGCCUACAUAUCAUUUUUGAGAAUCCUCCAUGAUCUGAAUUUAAAAAUCACUACAAGAUUCCAUCAUCAUGAUGCUUUCUUUUGUUUCUUCUUUUCAUUUUCUUCUUUUUCUUUUUCAAUUUCAGCAACAUAUUUUUCAAUUUCUUCAGGAUUUAAAAUCUUGAGGGGUUGAUCUCGCUUCAUAACAGCCAGUUCAAUAUUUUUGCCACCAGACUGAGCCACUUCCAGGAGGGCCUAGAUAACCGGCUUAAUGGUCAGGUCCUCAGUCUCAAUGGCUUCAUCAGUAUAAUUCUUCUCCAGAAAUUCACGCACUGACUUGGCACCCCGACCUAUGGCAUUGGCCUUCCAGGCAUGGUAUGUCCCCGAGGGGUCAGUCUGAUAGAGUCUGGGCGUGCCAUCAAAGUCGAAACCCACCAUAAGGGCAGAGAUGCCAAACGGCCUACGCCCAUUGCUCUGUAUAGCUCUGCUCCAGACAACCAACCGUGCUCUCCGCCCUCGCCCGCCCCGCCCAGAGCAAUGCUAAAGGAGCUGUGCUUGGGGCUUCCGGAGGAAUGGGGCGGCCCCUUGCGCGGCCUCUCAAGAACAGCCCCUUAGGGAGCCGCCUGACCCUCUACGGUAUUGCUCAUACACCGGAGUGGCCGCAGAUCUGAGCCACGCCGAGACCAGAGCAACCGUGAAAGGCCACCUCGGACCUGAGCAGCUGCCGGAUUGCCUCAAAGGCUGCGAUGCGGUGGUGAUUCCAGCCGAGGUCCCUAAAAAACCCGGCAUGACACGGGAUGACCUGUUCAACACCGCUGCGUCAAUUGUGGCCACCCUGACUGCGGCCUGCGCCCAGCAUUGCCCCGAGGCCAUGAUCUGCGUCAUUUCAAAUCCGGUCAAAUCCACCCUCCCAAUUGCAACGGAGGUUUUCAAGAAACACGGAGCUUACGACCCCAAUAAAAUCUUCGGGGUCACGACCCUGGACAUUGUCAGGGCCAACACUUUCAUUGCAGAACUAAAGGGUUUGGAUCCCGCGCGAGUCAAUGUUCCUGUCAUUGGCAGUCAUGCCGGGAAGACCAUCAUCCCCCUGAUCUCUCAGUGCACUCCCAAGGUGGACCUUCCCCAGGAUCCACUGACAGCCGUCACUGGGCGGAUUCAGGAGGCCGGCACGGAGGUGGUGAAGGCCAAAGCUGGAGCAGGCUCUGCCACCCUGUCCAUGGCAUAUGCUGGAGCCCGGUUUGUCUUCUCCCUUGUGGAUGCAAUGGAUGGGAAAGAAGGAGAUGUCGAAUGUUCCUUUGUUAAAUCCCAGGAAGCAGACUGUGCCUAUUUCUCCACACCGUUACUGCUGGGGAAAAAGGACAUCGAGAAGAAUCCAGGCAUUGGCAAGAUCUCCCAUUUUGAAGAGAAGAUGAUAGCAGAAGCCAUCCUGGAGCUGAAGGCCUCCAUCAGAAAGGAAGAGGAGUUUGUGAAGAACACGAAAUGA